UGAUGCGGCUGACUAAGCCGACCAUCAUGCCCCAUCAUCCUCUAGUCACCGAGUCACGUGACCUGUGCGGGGACCUCAUCAGUCGACUCAACGACGCCGAGAUCUCUCGGACCCCUGGACUGGGCGCCUUCCCUCUGGGCAACUUGCUCACUUUACCUCAGAACUUCGGAAACAUUUUCCUAGGAGAGACAUUUUCUAGUUACAUCAGCGUCCACAAUGACAGCAGUCAGCUGUGCAAGGAGAUCACUCUAAAGGCCGACCUACAGACUGGCUCACAGCGACUGUCCUUGUCUUCGAUUGGGACCCAACCAAUCCCAGAGCUUCAGCCUGACCAUAGCAUUGAUGAUGUCAUCCACCAUGAGGUUAAAGAACUGGGCACACAUAUCUUGGUCUGUGCAGUCAGCUACAUGCUUACUUCAGGGGAAAGAAUGCAGUUCAGAAAGUUUUUCAAGUUUCAGGUCCUGAAGCCGCUGGAUGUGAAAACCAAGUUCUACAAUGCAGAAUCAGACGAGGUUUACCUGGAGGCCCAGAUCCAGAACAUCACCCCAGGUCCCAUCUACAUGGAGCACGUUAGCCUGGACCCCUCGCAGCAGUACACCUCAGCCGAGCUCAACGCCAAGGAUGGCAAGGAAGGCAGUCACCCUGUCUUUGGGACCCUGGACUGUCUGAGUCCCAGCGACACCAGACAGUACCUGUACUGCCUGACUCCUCGGCCGGAGAUCUAUUCGGACACGCGGCUGCUCAAGGGGGUCACCAACAUUGGUAAACUAGACAUCGUGUGGAAGACCAGCAUGGGGGAGCGGGGCAGGCUGCAGACCAGCCAGCUCCAGAGAGUGGCCCCUGGCUAUGGAGAUAUCAGGCUGACUGUUGAAAGUGUUCCAGACACCGUAGCGUUAGAGUCCAGUUUUGACCUCGUCUGUAAGAUCACCAACUGUUGUGAACGGACCAUGGACCUCACUUUGGUGCUGCAGAAUGUCACUUCAUCUCCUGGUCUCCUGUGGUCUGGGGUGUCUGGACGCCAGCUGGGCAAGCUGCCUCACAAUGAGAGUCUGGACAUUCCACUGUCUCUCAUCUCUGUCAUACCAGGUCUACAGACAAUAUCUGGCCUGCGACUGACUGACAACUUUCUCAAGAGGACCUACGAGCACGACGAGAUCGCCCAGGUGUUUGUCGUAUCUGUAGAUACGUGA